CACCCGCCCCUUCGGGUCUCAUCACACGCAUCCGAUCCCUCUUCCAACUACUGCUUCGGCUGCUGCUGCCGCCCGAGCGGAAACCAAACCUCCGGCGGCGAAUUUCCGGCGCGCGUGCGCUGGCUGAGUUCUGCCUCCGCAUUAGCUGCGGUUUCUUGGAGGCAGGGUGCGUGCUUCCAUCCGCUGGCUGACUUCCUGGGGACGAGCUAGAACCGGCGGCCGGACAUGCCUAGCCGGGUGGGCGAUGACGACGCCGGAGUGGGGGAGAUCGUGGAGGCCAGCGGGGGCGAGCACGAGAGAGCCGUGCCUCCGGGGAGUCGUUCCGCGGCGCAGAAGACCGCGCGGUUCACCGAGCCCGUGCCUGCGCCGCGCGGGGGCGGCCCGAGCCGCCUCGACAGGUCCAUGUCGUCCGCCCCCGCGCAGGCGCUCGAGGGUCUCAAGUUCAUCAGCGAGACAGACGCCUCCAAAGGAUGGACCAGCGCCGCCGGGUUCUUCGACACUAACUCCCAGAAUGAUCUCCUCUCCCGCUCCAUGUUCGGCGAGUGCAUCGGUAUGAAAGAGGUCGCGUUCGCCGGCGAGCUGUUCGACACGCUGGCAAGGCGGCGGGGCAUCUCCGGGGGCAGCAUCGACAAGGCGCAGCUGCGUGAGUUCUGGGACCAAAUUUCAGACCCCAGCAUCAAGAGCCGCCUGCAGCUCUUCUUCGACAUGGUGGACAAGAACGCUGACGGGAGGAUCAGCGAGGCGGAGGUCAAACAGAUCAUCACGUUGAGCGCGUCGGCGAACCAUCUAACAAUAACCGCACAACAGUACAAGGAGUAUGUCAAGCUCAUCAUGGAGGAGUUGGACCCCCACGGCCUUGGCUACAUCGAGCUGCACAGCUUGGAGAUGCUAUUACUGAAGCCGUUAAGCGAGACAAUGACCAACGGCAGUAAAUUGCCGGAGCCCAAUUGGUACAAGCAGUUGUACUGCCGCGCCCGAUACUUCCUGAAGGACAAUUGGCGCCGCUGCUGGGUGAUGCUCCUGUGGCUCUCUAUCUGCGCGGGGCUAUUCGCUUGGAAGUUCAUGCAGUACCGCCACCACGCUGUGUUCAAGGUGAUGGGCUACUGCGUGUGUGUGGCCAAGGGUGGCGCCGAGACACUCAAGUUCAACAUGGCGCUCACUCUCCUUCCUGUGUGCCGCAACACCAUCACGUGGCUUCGGAGCCGCACCACGCUCGGACGGUUCGUGCCAUUUAACGACAACCUCAACUUCCACAAGGUGAUCGCCGUGGGGAUCUUCGUCGGCGCCGGGCUUCAUAUCAUCUCUCACCUGGCGUGCGACUUCCCGAGGCUGGUGCACGCCACUAAUGACGAGUAUGAGCCCAUGAAGCCAUUCUUCGGCGACGUGAAGCCGCCCAACUAUUGGUGGUUUGUGAAGGGCACAGAAGGGUGGAGCGGGCUAGUGAUGUUGGUGCUUAUGGCCAUCACCUUCACACUCGCCACGGGGUGGUUCCGCAAAAGAGAAAUCCGACGCCCCAAGCCAAAGAAGUCUGAGAGCAUCGUUGAGUCCAAGAAUCCAAAUAGCCUUCCCGGGCUGCUCGGCCGCCUCACCCGGUCCAUGAGUGCCUCGCACAACCGCCUCACUAUGCUCAUCAACGCCUCGUUCAAUCGCUUCACUGGGUACAAUGCCUUCUUGUACACCCAUCAUCUCUUCGCCAUCGUCUACGCGCUGCUCAUCGUCCACGGGCACUUCCUCUACCUCACCAAGAAGUGGCAAAAGAAGACGACGUGGAUGUACCUGACAGUGCCAAUUGUUGUGUACGCGUGCGAACGACUGACGCGAACACUGCGAUCGAGGGUGCGGUUGGUGGAGAAGAUCAAGGUGGCCGUGCACCCGCACCCCGCAAGCCUGCUGUCCCUGCACAUGUCCAAGCCUGAGGGGUUCAGGUUCAAGGGCGGACAAUACAUCUUCAUCAAAUGCCCAGACGUCUCAAAAUUUGAGUGGCACCCGUUCUCCAUCACAUCGGCGCCGGAGGACGACUGCGUCAGCGUCCACAUCAAGGCGCUUGGUGACUGGACCGAAGACCUCAGGGACGCCUUCCUUAAGGUUUGCCCGAACACAGAGAGGAAGAACGAGAUUCGACAGGUAGAGUAUGACCGCGACGACGCCAAGUCCAACCCAAGAUUCCCCAAGAUACUAAUCGAUGGGCCGUAUGGUGCACCCGCGGAGGAUUACAAGCGGUACGAGGUUGUGCUUCUGGUGGGACUCGGCAUCGGUGCCACGCCCAUGAUCUCGAUCAUCAAGGACAUCAUCAACAACACGAAGCGGCUCGGGGACAUCGAGUUUGGCAACCCCGGCGACGCAAGCGCGCCGACGUCGUUCAAGACUCGCCGUGCCUACUUCUACUGGACCACCCGGGAGCAAGGCUCCUUCGAGUGGUUCCGUGGGAUCAUGGACGAGGUGGCCGAGACCGACAAGGAUGGCAUCAUCGAGCUCCACACCCACUGCACCAGCGUCCACAAGGAGGGCGACGCCCGGUCGGCGCCCCUCACCAUUCUCCAGUCCCUGUACUAUGCCAAGCACGGCAUUGACAUCAUCUCCGGCAGCCGAGUCAAGACCACCUUCGGGCGAGCGGACUGGCGUGAAGCCUACGAGCGCAUCGCUCAGGAGAACCAAGGAAAACGCGUCGGAGUGUUCUACUGCGGCAUGCCGGCGCUGACAAAUGAAUUGCGCUAUCUUGCAAAGGAUCUCUCGAGAAAAACAAGCACACGGUUUGAGUUCCACAAGGAAAACUUCUAGUUUUGCCAGCCAUCCAACCACAAGAAGUUUAUGUUUUUGUGGAACAUACCACAUUCGCAAAAGAAGAAAAUUACUACAUACCAAGUACUAAAUUAUCAUGAUAUAUAUUAUCUUCUCAGAUACGGAGUAACAUGUACGGACACUUGUUCAUUGUCAUGUAACUAUAUAUGGUAUCUAUAUUGACUAUCUAUUUAUCAUGCGUUAUUAUAUAAUAAUUUACUUAUGGUACCAUGC